GCCUCAGGAUCCUCCUCCUUGAGGGCUACCGACAUGCUUGGAUAAAGGUAUUCUGCUGUAUAUGAGAACUAGUCAACGAGGUUAAGGGGAGGAGACGGGAAAAAAGAGAGAACAGUGGGGAAGAAGAAAGCAUGGCUUGAAUUUUGUUUAGCUCAUUCUCACAUUCACAUGAAUCAAUGGGCGUUGAAAAAACUGAAGGUGAGACACUAUCACUACAUCAUCACUGCCUUUUGUCUUCAGGACCAACCUGUCCCGUUCCACCCCACCAUCUACACAGACUCCCCUCAUAAUCAACAUUUGCAGCCCGUUCACCGGAAAAAAAUCUGGAGGUAUCAAAAAGCAUAUUCUAGCCGCGCAUUUCAAACGAAAACCAACUUUACGAAAACCAGAUUCAUCCGCAUCCGAGGACGUCAACCAAACAAGCUGUUGUCAGAAAGAAACAAAAGCCACCAUUAUCGAUCAAACAAGUCAUCUCCCUCAACGAGACAUAAGUUCUCCCGCUCAGCUAAAAAAAAGGGCACAUAUUCAACCAGACGAAAGUUAUUCCCCGCAACACGAUACAAGCGAACCUCAUCUACGAAACAAGAGUUGUCCCUGACCAACCAGAUCGAACUCGUCUCCCAAAAUCAUGUCCAUCUCAUCAUCAGGGGCUGCUUCGGGUGAGAUGGCAACCCCCCAAGCAUCCCCGCUCUUCCUCCCGGAGCUCCUCGAGUCGAUUCCCCUCGACGUAGACAUGCACACCCGAUUGACAUCUGCACGGGUUUGCGGUCUGUGGAAUGAUCUGAUCACAAUCUCAAAAAAGAUCCAGACCGCUCUUUUCUUCGCCCCGUUAUCUGACGAGAAUUCACAGGACCAGCCAGGCACGAAGAACGCUCUCCUUAU